AUGAGCACGGAUCAACAGAAGAAACAGACUAUGCAAUAUUUGCAAAAAACAAUUGCUGAAAGAUGGGACAAAUUAUAUAUUGAUCAGGCAAGGAAAAGAAAUAGUGCAUUUAUGCCAUCACCGGCAUUAAUAGAUUUGGUUGAAGUAAAAAAAUUUGAAUUACCAGAAGGAAAAGGUUUAGUUCCCGGAUGUGGACAAGGAUAUGAUGUAUUUUAUUUGGCCAAUGAAAAAAGGCAUAUUACUGGUUUAGAUUUAAGUGAAACAGUCAUUGAUCAAGCUAUUCAACUCCAAAAAAACAAAGCAAUUGAUUCUUCUAUAGCAACUUUUAUUGCUGGUGAUUUCUUUAAACUUAGUCCAACAGAGAAAUUUCAACUUGUCUAUGAUUACACUUUUUUAUGUGCAUUACCUCCAACUUUAAGAGAAUCAUGGGCAUCAAAAAUGGCAGAAUUAAUUUCACCAGGUGGUGUAUUAAUUGCUUUAAUUUUUCCUAUUUGGUCUGCUAGUGAUCAUGAAGGUGGUCCGCCGUAUGCUUUAAAUCUUGAAAUAUAUCAAGAACUACUUGAAAAUGAUUUUACAAAAGAAUACUUUGAUCCUGAUUGUCCAAGUUAUGAACAUAGAAAAGGAUACGAAGCUAUGUCUGUAUGGAGACGUAAAUGA